AUGGCGGGAAUGGAGGAAUUGGAAAUACACAGCAAGUCAUAUCUCGUGCGUUGGAUCAACGUGAGCUCCGAGCAUACCAUAUCGUGGAGCAUCCAGCCACAUAAGAAGUCGCUCAAUUUCGGCAUCUUCAAGCAUCCCGGCGCGUCGGGGCUGGCCGUCAACAGCGCCGCAUCGACAUACUCUCACACCGGCAGCGAGGUCAACGACCUGACGAAGGAAAACAUCCCCGCCAAACCCACCGAUCCCUCCCUCCUGAUCACCGAGAAGCUCAAGGGCGUGGGCCUGAAACCGAUCGAGUGGAUAGGGAAAUGUGAGGCCGAUAAGAUAUCCCAGGGGACGUACAAUGUGGGCUCCAACGAGGGAGGGAACUACGCUCUUGUUUUCGAUAAUACGUUCUCCAAACAGAUAUCCAAGACGGUCACGUUCGUGCUGCUCACCUAUCCUACCAGCUGCCCGCCACGGUCUGGGCAUCAGGUGCAUCACACCCAGGCCGUAGCAGGCUCGAUCGGAUCACAGGCACCGUCGCGUCCAAGCCCCAAGCUCAGCGCGACCGAGACCGAAGCCGAGUCGAAGGCCCGGAUUCAGCAGCGGGGCAGACCUGGGUUCGGUGCCGUGGGCGCAGGCAGCUCGAACGGACCCCCUCCCACCGCUGACUCGUCCACCAGCAUUGCGCCGUCCGUACACACGGGCAUACUGCAGAAAAGACGUCGUAAGCGGCACCAGGGCUAUGCCAGGCGGUUCUUCUCCUUAGACUUCAACUCGUCAACUCUGUCAUACUAUCACGAUCGCAACUCUUCUGCUCUGAGAGGUGCCAUCCCCUUGUCUCUGGCUGCUAUUGCUACAAACGACAGCACUAGGGAAAUCUCAAUUGACUCUGGGGUGGAAAUAUGGCAUCUCCGUGCUUUAAAUAACAAUGAAUUUUACCUCUGGAAGGAUGCCCUGGAGAAGGCGUCGAAACAGCAGGAUAAUGAGGACCAGGAUGAUAACAAACUUAAGGUGCCUACCUUGAUUACCAGGCGACACAGCCAGAAUAAACCCAGGUCCCAGGACUGGAAGACCAUCGAGCGGUUGGUUGAGUCGGUAUCUGCUUCGAGGGACAAAGUACGCCAGCUGGCCAAGGACACAGAUCCAAAGUAUCUCAUGCUCACCCCAGACCAGGAGGGCGCCCAAAGUUCAACAAACGGUGUGCGCCGCGUCUCUCAACCCGGAGAGGCUGCUGAAAGUAAAGAGAGCAAAGAGAAACGGUCCUUCUGGAAGCUCAAGGGUAAAGGCGAUAGUGGCAGCAAUACUCCAGCCCAGCGACCUGCUCUAUCCCCUCUAGGGCCCCAGCAAACGCCUCCACUCAGCAGUGAGAACUCCUAUUUUGACAGCAGUUCGUUCAAAACUACUACAGGCCCCGGUGUCCAUGAAGACUUGAUGGCCCUACUCCGCGACCUAAACUCAGUCCUAUCGGAAUUCAAUACCUUAAUAAACGACAGGGCCCGCUCGAGAACCCCAUUGGCAAUACGAUCCGCUCAUUCGGCUGCAACUCCUGAUUCUGACUCGGAGGAGUUUUUCGAUGCCACAGACGGAGGGAACAUCUCCCCCUUACUGACGAUCCACCGUGACAGCGGCGAGGAAGACUCAAAGAGCGUCGUAACAGCCGUUGACGACGACGCUGCUUCGUCUUCCGGCAGCGAUGCGGACGACAGGGACGAGUUCCUACGAGGUGACUUCAAGCUCGAUUGCUCGUCGACUUUGUUCCCCGUGAAGGCACGAUCUCUCAUACCUUUACCGAUGGAAGCACCGCGCCGUAGGUCCAAGAUCGAACCGCCAAUCGGCCUGCCCCCAAGUUUGAUCAGCUUCAUGCGCAAAAAUGUCGGCAAGGACCUGUCUACCAUUUCAAUGCCCGUGUCAGCAAACGAGCCCAUUUCCCUACUCCAGCGCGCAGCAGAGCAGUUUGAGUAUUCUCAACUCCUUGACAAGGCAGCCAACGCUACUGACGCGCUGGAACGCUUGAUAUACGUCACUGCCUUCGCCUUGUCUCCAUUUUCAAAUUCACGUAUCAAAGAACGAACAAUUCGCAAACCUUUCAACCCUAUGUUAGGCGAGACCUACGAGCUCGUCCUCCCAGAAAGAGGAUUCCGUUUCCUGGCUGAAAAGGUCUCCCAUAGACCAGUUCAGCUAGCAGUGCAGGCAGACUCCCGUGACUGGAGUUUUAUUCAAUCUCCCAAGCCUACACAGAAAUUCUGGGGCAAAUCCGUUGAAAUCAUCACAGAGGGCAAGUCCCGGCUAACACUCCACUCGAGCGGCGAACAUUUCAGCUGGUCUGCGGGCACUCAGUUUCUCCGUAACAUCAUUGCCGGUGAGAAGUACGUUGAACCUGUCGGCGAGAUGUGCGUGCUCAAUGAGACAACCGGUCAAAAGACAAUUGCUGCUUUCAAGGUCGGUGGCAUGUUCUCGGGCCGCAGUGAAGAAGUGACAGUAAAGGCUUAUGACACGCACGGCGAAGAACUACCCCUUGGCCUGCAAGGGAACUGGACAUCAUCCCUCCAACUGACAGAACACGGCAGCCUGACGAACAAGACCAUAUGGGCCGCCGGAUCUCUUGUCGAUAAGCCGCAGAAACACUAUGGCUUUACCGAAUUCGCAGUAUGUCUGAACGAAAUCACUGCUGUUGAACAACGAAAGCUGCCGCAGACAGAUAGCCGGCUUCGGCCUGACCAACGUGCCUUGGAAGAAGGCGAUGUUGACGAAGCAGAGGACCUAAAGGCGCGGCUGGAAGACGCUCAACGCCAGCGCAGAAAAGAGAUGGAACAAAGGGACGAGACAUGGCGGCCUCGAUGGUUCACGCGCGUCGAGGUUGAAGGCUCAGAGGACGGCGAUGACAUUUGGAAGCUCCGCACAGGCAAAGACGGAUACUGGGAAGAGAGGGCAAAGGGCGAGUGGACGGGUAUCACCCCUAUUUUCCAAUUAUAA